AAGAGGAUGGGCCUGGGAUGGGCCCUGUCAGUGGUGGGUGGGAGCCUCAGGGCCAAGGCUAGGAGCAGAGGAAGCAGCUAGAUUCCGAUUUUGGUGGGUGAGGAAGAAUCUGAGGAUCUGUGACCCCAGCACGGGCCUGUGACCCUGGAGCUCUCUCCCGUGGGUUGGGGGCUCAACUUGUUGAGCAGGGCCGCCCCCUCUCACACCCACUCCCAACACCUGGAGCCCAACCUAUCAGCUCGCUCUCCGCCUCCUUGGCCUCGGUCUCACAGCCCGUCCCACCUUCCCUCCGGCCUAGUACUCAGCUGCCAGCGGUACCUGCCAGGCUCUGGAGGGCUCCCGGGAAGCCAUGGAGGUCCUGGUCCUGGCCGGAUACCGCGCGCAGAAGGAGGACGAAUUGAGUCUGGCACCUGGGGACGUGGUCCGGCAGGUGCGCGAAGGGCCCGCACCGGGCUGGCUCCAAGGAGAGCUGGAUGGCCGUUGUGGCUUCUUCCCUAAGCGCCUGGUACAGGAGAUUCCAGAAACACUGAGGGCCACCGGGGAAGUGCCGAGACCGCGCUGCGCGCGCCGCCGAGAUCACCCCGCCGCAUCUCCGGGCCCCCAAAAAUGGUGCAAAGUGAACUUCAGCUACAGCCCGGAGCAGGCGGACGAACUGACCCUGGAAACUGGGGAGAUUGUGGAAAUGAUAAAGGAGAUUGAGGACGGCUGGUGGCUGGGGAAGAAGAACGGGCAGCUGGGAGCCUUCCCAUCCAACUUUGUGGAGUUGCUGGACAGUGGGCCCCCAAGCCUUGGAAACUCAGACAUGCCUUCCAUCUGCCCUGGUGCCCAGCGGCCUCCCAAGCUGAGUAGCCUGGCAUAUGACAGUCCUCCAGACUACCUGCGGACAGUCUCCCACCCUGAGACCUACAGGGUCCUGUUUGACUACCAGCCCGAGGCGCCGGACGAGUUGGCGCUGCACAGGGGGGACGAGGUGAAAGUACUGAGGAAGACCACCGAGGAUAAGGGGUGGUGGCUGGGAGAGUGCCAAGGCAGAAGAGGAGUUUUCCCAGACAACUUUGUGCUCCCACCGCCCGCCGUCAAGAAGCUGGGCCCAUGCAAAGUGGCAUCUCGGGAACCAGCUCCUGUUAAGGAGCCAAAGAAGCUGGUGCCCAAGACAUUCCUGCCUAUGGUCAAGAAGCCAGUGACCAGCCCCCCUGGGCCCAGCAAAACCAAGCCCUCCUGGACCGCCAGCGGGGACAGUCAGAAGCGCCCUUCCCGAGCGUCCGGCACCAACGGCAGCUUCCUUGGCGGCGGUCCCAGCUGCCCUGGCAGGAAGCGAUCCAAGACCCAGCCUCCCCGGCAGCGCUCGGCAUCCAGUCAGGGGGAGGAGCGGAGCAGUCUGGCAAAGGCCCCUGCGAUGACUAGAACCCCCACACCGGACAAGAAUGCCACCCCAGAGAAGACCCCAAGCCCAGAGAAAAUGCCAGCUCCUGACCAAGUCCCUGAGCCAGACAAGACCCUGCCCCAGGAGGACCAGGCCCCUGCCCCUGACAACCCCAGCCCAGAGAGGAUCCUGGCUGCUGACAAAGCCUCCAGCCCAGCCCAGACCCUGCCUCAGGAAGAUCAGACCCCUACCCCAGAGGAGACUGGGACUCUGGGGGACCCCACCCCAGAACAGACCCCAGCCCUGGAUGAGGCCUCUUCUCCAGAGGUGGUCUUUCCUGCAGAUGAUGUCCCUGCUACAGAAGUCCCACCUGAACAGGAAGCCCCUGACCCGGUGGCCGCUCAGGGGGAUGAGGCCCCCACCCUGGAGCAGGUGCUUUCCGAGGUGGUCAUCUCCCCGGGAGCCCACCCUCAGUUACACCACUUCUCUCCCGAGGAAGCCCUGUGGGUCAAGAGCCUUGUGGCCAAGGAGCCCGAAUCCCAGGAGAUGGCCCACAUGCCAGACGAACCCUCACCCCCCGCCCAGUGCUCAGAGAGACCCCUGGGUAAAAGGGACGGCGACUCCUCGCGGGGGUCUGAGCCCCAGCCCCAGACAGGGCCCAUGCCUGCCCCAGAGAAGGCCCGCCCCCCAGAAGAGGCCACAGCCCUGCUAGUGGAGAGCACACUGCAGGAGGAAGUGCCCCCCAAAGAGCAGCUGGCUCCGCAGCGGCAGGAGGAAGAGGCAGCUCCUGCCCGCCAGCGCCCACAUCCUAGCCAGCAGACUCCAGACCCCCAAGAGACUCCCACCGUCCACCCCCCGGAGGGCGGGCGUGACAGAGGCGACCUGGUGACGCUAAAGGACGAGGUGCAGUCGCUACGGACGGCGCUGCAGCAGAUGGGGGCGCAGCUGGAGAGGAAAAUGACCGACAUCUGGGAGGAGCUCAAGAGCGAGAGGGAGAAGCGCCGCUGGCUGGAGGUUCAGAUGCUGCGGAGGAGCCAGAAGUCCCCGGCCCAGGACUCCAGACACGCGCAGACGCAGACGCAGACGCACUGAGGGCGGGGCUGGGCGGGCGCGCCGGCCGACCUGAGCGACGGCUGGCUCGGGCCACCCACGUCCUUGCACACAACUUGGGGAAACGCAAGAAAGUAAAGUGCCUCGUACGUGC